GUUGCGUCGCCCUCCCAGCGUUGUCUCCAUUCCGCCAUUUUCAAGGGGAAUCACAGACGUUUCAGUGUCGUUGUUGCCGUGAAUUUAUGGGUGUUAAGAGCCAUUUGUAGUGUCACGGACAAUGCUAUAUUUGUGUGAUAUUGUAUAGGUGUUCCUGGCUGAAUUGAAACAUCUACCAACAUGUCUGGAUACAUGUACAACGUGAACGCCAUCAAAAAACUGAGUGACCAGGAACUGAGCUCUGGGUCUGGCAAAUCCUGGCAUGACCAAUACAGCGACAGUGCCUGGGUUUUCGUGGGAGGCCUUCCCUAUGAGCUAACGGAGGGCGAUGUUCUCUGCGUCUUCUCCCAGUAUGGUGAAAUCGUCAACAUCAACAUGGUACGCGACAAGAAAACCGGUAAGCCAAAAGGCUUUGCUUUUAUCUGCUACGAAAACCAGAAAAGUACUGUCCUAGCUGUGGACAACUUCAAUGGUGUCAAGAUCAAGGGUAGGACCAUCCGCGUGGACCACGUCUCCAAUUAUCGCGUACCGAAAGAACACGAAGAAGAUGAUGACAUCACGAAGAAGAUCCGACAAGAAGGCGUCGCGCCCAGGACACCAUCGCCGUCUGCUUCAGAAGAGGAGUACGAAAUACCAACGAAGAAAGCAAAGAAGGAGAAAAAGAAGAAAGAGAAGAAGAAAAAGAAGGACAAAGACAAAGAAAGGGGUGCAUCGAGAAGCGCUCGAGAGUCCGCGUCACCUCCAGUACGCGUGAAGAAAGAAAAAGACGAUCCCGGGUAUAAAGCAGCGGAGCAGGGCAGACACGAUGCGAGGUUAGCGGACGCACGUGGGACCCGAGGAGAAAGGAGUGAAGGAGUGAAACAAGAAAGGGACGAUUACAGGGAGAAGGACAGACAAAACAGAGGUGGAGGGUACAGGGAAGAGAGACGGAGUGAGAUAGACAGUAGUACAACCACUGGCAGAGACGCAAGAGACAACAGAAGAGAGAAGUACUCACAAGACUCGAGAGAUGGUGCUCCAAGCAGACGUGAUGGGAGGGAGGCACAGGACAGACAAGACUACAAGGGUCAAAGAUAUGAUCACCAGGAUAGCAGACGGGAUAGAGACAAGAAGGACUCUAGGGAAGGUAGAGACGAUUACAAUUACCACAGAGAAAAAGACAGGAACGAAAGAGGCUGGGAAAUUAGAGGAACUGUUGGCCAAAACAGGAAAGAAAGGGAUGGCAACAGUUAUCAAGAUAGUAGUAGUAGUAGUAGGGAACGACAUAGUGACAGGAGUACUAGUAACGACAAGGAAAGCAAAGCCACGGCAUAUAGCGAUCCGUGGGAUAGAGGGGGACGUGAUAAGGAGAGAGGGAGGGAUAGAGAUAGAAAGGAAAGAGAGAGCCACGAAGAAAGAAAGAAAAGCAGGGAUAAAGGGUACCGGGACAGGAGAUGACUGAUACAUGUUUGUGCAACAGUAGUACUUACCUAAAACUGGCAUGUCACUUCUUGUGACCAUUUUAUGGUUGUUUUCAAUAGCCUGGGUACCAUCCUCUGUAGUAAGUGCUGGCUCAAUCUUUUAGGUUACAAACCAUCCUGGUAAGCAAGUGAAAACAUUGAGCCAGCAGUUACUAUGGAGGGUGGUAACCAAGCUGUAAACUUCAUGUGAGACUAGAACUGUGAUUAUCAUUUAAUGGUUUCCUAUGUACAAAAAU